AUGUGUUUGCCAAUCUCGGAAAACUUUGAUUAGAAGCCCUGAUUUCAUAAGCGCCCAUCUCGAAACAAGUGUCAUGAAAAAAGCAUGUGAUUAUCUACUUAUCGAGACCAGCAAAAGAGAUUGCUUUUCAAUCUGUUGUGCUGAAACAUUUUCCAAGUGUUUGGAUGUAAAGGUUCCUUUGUCCCAUUUUUAUGCCGUUAUUGGUUCUUGCAAUGGAUUGCUUUGCAUGUCGGAUUUUAUUUCUAUAUAUCUAUGGAAUCCCUCCAUCAGAAAAAUCAAGAGACUUCCCAUAGGCGUCAUUCAAGACACAACCUAUGUCGUUGCUAUCGGCUUCGGAUUUCAUCGUAGCAAAAAUGACUAUAAGGUUGUGAGGGUGAUGAGGUUUGAACGCAAAGAGUUUGAGGUUGAGGUUUACAGCCUUAGAUUGAAUUCUUGGAGAAAAAUUAGUGUAGUUCCUCCUGAUGUUAGUGUUUCCGAAGACAAAUGUGUAUUCUUGAAUGGAGUUGUGUAUUGGAGUACAAGAGAGCCUUUUCAAGGUUCCACCUUCAUUCUUUCUUUCGAUUUUGGCAGUGAGGAGUUUAGAAGGAUCAUGCUACCUCAUGAAGUAAGGAUCAUGCUACAUCAUGUACGCACAAGUUUCCGACACAUUCAUAUUCGAGUGUUUAAGAAAUCAUUUCCUUCUUCCAUCGACGAAGACAAGAUGGGCAAUCGGGUUGGUUUUAUGACGUAUGGGUUCUUGAAAUGGAUACUCAGGAAAAGUCAGAUUUCUUAUGGUUAUGACAGGUACUUUUUCGAAAGGUCCAUAUUUGGUUUUAUAUGAUCCUGAGGCGCACCAAACCACCAACACUGGAAUCAAAAUGAUGAAGCCUUGCUGGUAUGUCGAUGCUUAUAUUGAGAGUUUAAUUUUACUCGACUGAAUUCUAUGUUGUACCAAUCUGCCUUUGAUUGAAUAUGGAUUUAACAGUUCCAUUCUACAAUCUAUUUGUCGUUAUCUAGCCCCUUGGUGCGUGCGUGUGUCAAUUGGCUUUCUUCUGUUUUGGUUUUUUGUUUUCUUCAUUUGAAGGUGUAUAGGUCUCUGGACAGCUUCUUCUUAUCUUAGAUUCCUUGGUACAUGCCAUGAAUUGAAAUUGGGCAACCAACCUAGUGGAGUUUCUGUUUAAGAUGUUACGAAUCCAUCAUACCCGACUUGUUAGCAUAUAUAUUUUAGGUUAUAUUUGUUUCAACGCUCAAAAAGUAUGGAAAUUUUUGGAUGAUGCACAAUAUAUCAUCAAUGUU